AUGAGCACUAUGGUGAAGCCGGACAUCCACAGUGAUGCCGAGACAAUGUUGACAGAGCACAGUGACAUUGAGACCAGCUCCACCAGGCCUUCGCGACCCCCUUCACCAGCCAAUACGGAGUUCGCCGAAGCCGAUGCCAAAGUCAUCGUGCGAAGCUCAUUCAUUGAUUUGGACGAUCAAUGCAUGCAGCGGGAGUACAGAAGGCUGCGCAGAGUGAUGUCAGACAGCAUUCUGACAGGUUGGUUGGAUGUACCGGCAGUGUAUGAACCCGGGAAGUUCUCCGAUGAGCGAACUCAGAAGCAGAUGAUCGUUGAUGACUCUGAGUCAAAAUGGAAGAAUCCCGAAAGCAAAGCCAGUGGAAAAGACUUGAAUCGAGGCAAAGAUCGUACCACAGUCAUGUUGCGCAAUUUGCCAAACAAUUAUACCCGUGAGAUGCUUCUGACGAUGCUUGAUGAUCAUGGCUUCUCUGGCUUGUAUGAUUUCGUCUACCUUCCAUGUGACUUUUGGCGAGAUGCUAAUUUGGGUUACGCCUUUGUGAACUUGGUUGAUUCUCCUGCAGUCGAUCGUGCCUGGAAGAUGUUUGAUGGAUUUGCGGCAUGGUCUUUGCCAACAUCUAAAGUUUGUCAAGUCAGGUGGAGUGGGCCACACCAGGGCUUCAAUGCUCAUGUAGAGAGGUAUCGCAACAGCCCUGUGAUGCACAAGAGCGUUCCAGAUUCGUACAAACCCGUUGUCUUUAAACAUGGUGUUCGCAAGCCCUUCCCCAAGCCGACCAAGAAGGUUAAAGUCCCUACGGGAACUUUUUGA